AUGGGUGCCAUUCCUGAAGCCGAUCCCGAUGAGGUCAUGGAGACCAAGCCCUUCAAGUUCGUGACAGGCUAUGAUGCUCGUUUCCCCCAGCAGAACCAGACCAAGCACUGCUGGCAAAACUACGUUGACUACUACAAGUGUGUCAACGCCAAGGGAGAGGACUUCCGCCCGUGCACCCAGUUCUUCCACGCUUUCCGCUCCCUCUGCCCCAAGGCCUGGACUGACCGCUGGGACGGCCAACGCGAGGCCGGCAACUUCCCCGCCAAGCUGGAGUAA